AUGCGGGAGCUGAAAAUGAAGGUAAAUCUUGAAAAAUGUACCUUUGGAGUUCCCUCGGGAAAAUUUUUAGGAUAUUUGGUCACAAAGCGGGGAAUCGAAGUUGAUCCAGAAAAGGUACUGGCGAUCCAACAGAUGCCAUCACCACAAAAUCUUAAACAGGUCCAAAAACUCAAUGGAAGAUUAGCAGCAAUGAACAGAUUCCUUGCCCGGUCAUCAGACAAGUGCAAACCAUUUUUUGAUAUACUCAAAAAGGAAAGCAAAUUCGCAUGGACAAUAAAAUGUGAAGACGCAUUCACUAUGAUCAAAACAUAUCUAGCAUCAAUUCCGAUACUACAAAGACCCGAGCCCAAAGAAGUGUUAACAUUAUAUAUCACAGCUACGAUCAAUGCAGUGAGCGCCGUAUUAGUCAGAACCAAGGAAAGGGAAGAAAUACCGGUCUACUACAUCAGCAAAACAUUCAGUCCUGCAGAGCGGAAUUAUACAAAAAUGGAGCAACUAAUCCUAGCACUACUUUUUGCAACACAAAAACUGAGAACAUAUUUCUUAACUCACACAGUCAGAGUGCUAACAGUUGCUCCACUUGAAAAUGUACUCAAACAUACUCAGAAGGUUGGGCGAGUAGCAAAAUGGAAUAUCCAGUUAGAACAAUUUGAUAUUGUAUUUGAGCACAGAACUGCCCAAAAAUCUCAAAUCCUGGAAGAUUUCCUUGCUGAUUUACCACUUGAAGAUGAAAUGGGCAUAGAUGACAUCCCCAACUUCAAAGAUAAAGAAGAUCUAGGAUACGUAUUAACGCCAGUCAAUAUCAAAAGGUGGGAAGUGUUUGUAGAUGGAUCCUCAAACAAUGAAGGCGCAGGGAUUGGGGUAGUAAUCACAACACCAGCGGGACAAAGAAUGAUUCACGCAUUCAGAUUGGAGUUUGAAAAGCACACCAAUAACGUGGUUGAAUAUGAAGCUGUAGUGCAUGCUCUGAAGUUAAUAUUGGAAUUAGGAAUAUCAAAUGUCCGACUAACUAGUGAUUCACAGCUAGUGAUCAAACAGAUUGACCUCCAAUACCACACUUUAGACGAGACAAUGGAAGCAUAUAUGAAUAUGGUUCAAAAACUCGCGUCUCAAAUUGAAGACAUUACUUUUAGACACCUAUCUAGAAAAGACAAUAGACAUACAGAUGCCCUUGCAUUCAUAUCAUCCAUGCUGAGAGAUCCAGAAGUAGAGGCAAUAAAAAUUGGGAGGAUAUACGAACCAUCAAUCCAACAAACUCCACUUGUUGCAGUUACAGCUGAAAGUGAAGAUGAGGCCAUCAGAGAAUACAUACAUGAUGAAGCAGAUACGGAGAUGCCAGAUCCCGCACAAGAAAGAAUAACCCCGAAUAAUCCUAUCUAUCAUACCGUAUCAGACUGGCGGAUACCAAUUCACUCUUUUCUAGAAGAUGAAACACUUCCUACGGGAUAUUUGGAGGCCGGAAAAGUCGCAAUGAAAGCAACUAACUACCAACUCCGAGAUAGGAUUUUGUACAAAAAAACCUUUUUAGGGCCAUUGUUACGAUGCUUAUCAAGAAGUGAAGGCUACGAAAUAUUGAAAGAUAUACACUAUGGGGAUGCAGCAAAUCAUGCAGCAAGAAGAUCACUAGCAUUAAAAGCCAAAGCACAAGGAUACUACUGGCCGACAAUGAAUGCCGAUGCUGCGGACAUGUCAAAAAGAUGCGAAGAAUGUCAGAGAUGGACUCGCAAGAUCAGAGCACCAACGACAGAACUGAAUUCGGUGUUAAGCCCAUGGACGUUCUUGAAAUGGGGAAUAGAUAUAGUGGUGCCAUUUAUUCCAGGAACUAAAAAGAGGAAAUACCUCAUUGUAGCUGUUGAUUAUUUCACCAAGUGGGUUGAAGCAAAAGCAACGGCAAACAUUGCAGAUACUGACAUCUUCACGUUCGUUUUUCAGAAUAUAAUCUGCAGGUUUGGAAUUCCAGCAGAAAUAAUCACAGAUAAUGGUGCUCAAUUCAAAGGGAAACAAAUUAAGAUUCUGCUGGAGACUUUCAAAAUUCAGAUGCACAAAUCAACACCUAUUUACCCACAAAGAAACGGGCAGGUUGAAGCAGCUAAUAAAGUCAUAGUUCUCAAUAUUAAAAAGACCCUCGAUGGACACAAACAUAAUUGGUGCGAGCAACUACAUAACACACUCUGGGCGUACCGCACAACAAGAAGAGAACCAACGGGGGAAUCUCCAUUUCUACUAACCUAUGGGGCAGAAGCUGUCAUACCAACAGAAAUCAUACUUCCAACGACAAAACCGAGGCAUGGAUGA